AUGUGCAGAAACUACAUCAUAAAGUACGUUUGCCAAAACUGCAAGAAAAAAACACCAAUUCGUCCCGGUUUCAAUGAUCCCCUGUCGAACAGGAUCAACAGUGCAGGCUCCAUAUGCAAGAAAGUAGCAGAGGAGGCACUUCGAGAAGUCAAGAAGCAAAAUAGAUUUUCGAAGUCCUCUAUCGUCGCCGAAGAUGAAGAGGAGGAAGAACAGGAAAAUACGACAGCUACCGCCGAAAGGGUUCUCUACACACGCGACAAAUGCAGGAACCUCACCAUCGACAAAGUCGUUAUCCGCUCGUACUGCACGGAGGACUGCAGACAAAAGGGGAAGGUGGAAAAGCAGAAGCUGAAUAAAAUUCAUGCACCCAAGCGGCCUUCGCCGUUGAGAGUCAUGACGCUGGUGGAUGAUGCGGAUAAAGACUCGGAGGAAGAGAUGGACUGGGAGACUGACUCCUCGGACAAGACGAAGGUUGCAGUGUCUACGCCGGAGGAUGUGAAAGACGGCGAUCUUAACGACCCCAAGUUAUUUGUCUCCGAUAUCCAGCUCAGGGAUGAAAUGAAAGGGGUCACACUGACAACAACUGUACCUGAGACAACGGAAACUUCAUCGAUGACAAGCGAAGACCCUCAAGAGGCGAGGCACCUGAGCUACGAGAAUACAGUAGCUACGUCAAUGGUAGGCAAGGAAAAUCGAGGAAAAACGCCCGCGAACUCCAAGGGCAAAGAAACCAGCGCGACAACCUCCGAGGACUCUAUCUGGGACUCUCUUUAUCGCGAGAUGCCCAAGCCACCGGCGGCGCCAAAAUCCUGUCUCUUGAAGUUGAAUGUCGAGCCGCAGCAGCUUGAAGCGCCUGCACGUCGGACGAUACCAACAGGUGGAUACAGCAUGUAUGAGGAGCUGGAUGACCUUGAUAUGGAUUACGACCCGCGGGUAUCGGCUGGAAUUCCUAAAAGCAGCUGGAGCACGUUUUAG